AUGGAGGCCGUUGAUUGCACAAGAAUAAAUGAUCGUAACACUGACCAGGAAACAGAUGCUGAGAAUGCUAACAGCGAUCCUCCACCAACUCCCCAAGGCAUCUCUCCUGACAGAAAGAGUUCCUCAGAUACGUCACGGUCCAGCUACAGCUUUACAAGACGAAUUUCAAAUCUGGAGGCUUUCAGACGACCGAGCUCUCCAUUACUUGAUAUCAAACCUAUCGAGUUUUGGGCAAUAGGAUCUAAGAAAGAAAUAGUUCAACCAAAGGUAUUUCGAAAAGCCUACGUGCCUGAGGACUACUUCCGAAAGUUUGAGCCAAGACUGUACUCUGUUGAUUCAAACAGUGAUGAUGUGGACACUUUGACUGAUGAUGAGAUUCUGUCCAAGUAUCAGCUUGGAAUGCUGCAUUUCAGUACCCAGUAUGACCUGCUGCAUAACUACUUGAUAGUGCGGGUGAUCGAAGCCAGGGAUCUUCCUUCCCCGAUCUCAUACGAUGGAUCCAGACAAGACAUGGCUCAUUCGAAUCCAUAUGUGAAGAUGUGUCUCCUUCCAGAUCAGAAGAACUCAAGGCAAACGGGUGUUAAACGAAAAACCCAGAACCCAGUUUUUGAAGAGCGUUAUACAUUUGAGAUUCCGUUUUUAGAAGCUCAGAGGAGGACUCUCCUUUUAACAGCUGUUGACUUUGAUAAGUUUUCACAUCACUGCGUUAUUGGAAAAGUUGCAAUGCCUUUAAAUGAGGUAGACCUUGUAAAAGGUGGACAUUGGUGGAAAGCGCUGAUUCCAAGCUCUCAGAAUGAAGUCGAACUAGGAGAGUUAUUGAUCUCCCUCAAUUACUUGCCAAGUGCAGGAAGACUGAAUGUGGAUAUUAUUAGAGCAAAACAACUCCUUCAGACAGAUAUGAGCCAAGGAUCAGAUCCAUUUGUUAAAGUUCAGCUGGUGCAUGGAUUAAAACUGGUAAAAACUAAAAAAACAUCUUGUAUGAAGGGGACCAUCGACCCAUUCUACAACGAAUCAUUCAGUUUCAAAGUUCCAGUGGAAGAAUUGGAAGAUAUCAGCUUAGUUUUUACAGGUGAGCUGCCAAUGUACUGACAGUGGCCUUGAAAUAGGAUUAUGCUGUGCCUGUUUCUCAGGUGGA